AUACUUUAGACGGUUUAUAACUUCUAGAUCCAUAAAUCAUAGUUUGCAAAUACUAAUCUCCAAGUGCCUAAUAUAAGAUGAUCGCUGUUCUCAUGUAUGUAUGAUAAAACGUUACUCAUUAUUGUUCAAAGCGUUUGAUUUAUAGAGGAUACAGAGUAAAACUGAUCUAAAGAAAGAAAGAACUGGAUUAAACCAUUUCCGUACGCACCAGGCGCCGGGUACCUUUCAGUUCUAAUUGAAAACUGGAAAAUCCAAGAUUUGUAUCGGAGAGACCAGCUGAUAGCCAACAGUAGAAUAAAUUGUGAAGAGGAAAUUAUAAAACACAGACCCAAGUUUGGUUACGGAUCACGCUUUAAUUCUGCAAGAUCUGGAGAACACACACGGCCGCAUUCUGUAGCUGAACAUAGAUCACGUCCGCAUUCCCGGCGUUCCCGGUCUACACCAACCUCCUACGAUAAUAAAACUUACCGACGGAGUGCACGGUCGACACCAACCUGUUACGAUAAAAAAACUAACCGACGAAGUACACUAUCAACACCCACCCAUUUUGAUCAUAAAACCAACCGACGGAGUUCACCAUCUUAUCACCAUCUCGAUACUGGCGUUGGCGAUACAGUGCUCGAGCCGUUGCCGAGAUCAGUGUCGGUAGACCAGUGGACUGUCGAUCGGCUGGUGAUAGAUGGUACAUUAGAUGAGAUUUUCAACCAGAGGAAACUGAACCUGAAACGGUGCGAACCUUUAUGGUUCACAAACUCCGACAGCCAUUCAACAAGUGAAAUGCUUUCUCCGCCAGAAUUACCGGGAGGUGGUAUGCGGCGUGAAACAACCAGUUUUGGAGUAUACUCAAACCUUGCUGCACACAGUCGUCGGGAACUGACUAAGGUUGAAGAAACACGUCGUGUUGAACCAUUACCUGUUGUUACAUCGGGUCUACAAUAUAAGCUUAUUCAAGCGAUUAAGAAGUCGGACAUUGAAGAAGUACAGCAAAUUUUCAGCAGCUACCCUGACUUAAAAUUACAGUUCGUAGAUGAAAAUGAUCGUACAGUCCUGCACCAUUGUUUUGAUAUGCAGAAGCGAAGAGUAAAUUAUGACAUCCUGAAAAUUUUACUGGACAGGAAUCCUUCCAUAAUAAACUACUGCAAGAACGAGGCGCCAGUGUUACACAAUGCGGUCAGACUUGGACACGCUCUUUCUGUUCAUCUUCUCGUAAAGCAUGGCGCUGACGUCAAUAUUCAGUACAAGCGUACAUUCCGCACGGCACUGCACGAGGCGGUUGUAAACGGACGCAAGGUUUCUGCAGAGAUUUUACUUUCCAAUGGCGCCAACACUACUGUUAUAGAAAAGGAUGGUCGUCUUGCAUGUGAUCUGUGCAAGGAAAAUACAUUUCAGCGAGAAGACUUUGAUGCUAUUGAGGAAUGUGUUGCAAAUAAACGACUAGAAAUACAUGAAGUGUCGGAGACAACUUCAGGACAGUUCAACAAUGUGGGGGUUUCAGCACAGCUUUCUUCAGCAAAUAGUGACAUGGUAAUGCUAGUCAAACGCCAGAGUCUGGAGACGAGCAAAGUCAAUUUCUCACUGCUUGAAGAGGAAGAUAUAGCCAGUGAUGUGUUCACAUGUCGCGUGCUUCAGAAUCCAGAGGGCGCUUCAGCACGGUUUUCUCUGCCUCUGUUUGACAAGUCAUUUUCUUCCAGAGAAGAGAUCAUUGUGAAAACUGGAUCCGGACAAGAAAUAACACCAAGUGAAAUGCAAACUGGAAAACAUGGACUAGUUGUUGUUUUUGACACAGCUCUUAAAGAGUGUGACACGUUUGUCUGUGUAUGUCGACCAAAGGUAGAAAACUGGCAAGUGGGCAAGGGACAAACUGUCCUAGGGUCUGUUAUAGACAACCAAGUUAGAAUACACAUCAACAAAAACUCUUUCAACACUAAAACAUCACUUAGUCUUCAGGUAAUCGAAUUGCCAGAGGAUGUUGAUAUCAAAGAAGAUACCAUUCUUGCCAGCACCCCGUUCUACAAAAUAAAUGCCGAUCAAAAGGUAGAAAAGGAUAUCACGAUAGAGCUUCCAAAGCCUACAUGUUACGAUGUUGAUGGUCAGUGUAUUGUUUUGGCGAAAUCUGGACCUCAAUGGGGGAUAGUUGAUAUGCAAGCAGAUGAGAAACGCAAUACUGUCAGUUUCACAGAACAUCAACUUCCGGUUAUUUCCACGGUUGCAGUUAUAAAGCCAGAAAGCUCGGCUGAAACACUUGCUCACGAGAUCAACGAAACAUUGAAACUAGUUUCAAACAUAAAGUACCGUGUUUGUUUCCUCUGCCUUACCAAGAGAGUUGAAAACGCAAGAAAAUUUACAGUAGUCGUUGAAUGCUGUGAGGUAAAAGUUUUAGAUGCAAGGCGUCGCUACUGGAAAGGUCAAGGUUACAAAGAGCAACAAGAGAAAGAUCUUCUGGCCCAGAUUGGAGUACAAUCGAAACAAGCUUUUAAACUUGUGUUUUAUGACAGCGCAAUCUUACGGAAAGAUCCACGCUUUGUUGAUCUUGAAUUUCAUAGAAAACGUGACAACAUUGUAAGGUUUACUGUGGAACUUAAAGGAAAGACAAUUCAGUUCAUAAAUGGAAGACUUUACGUGUACGCAGCGCAAGCAGGCAGUGACAAUAAAGCAGAAGUUGUUGGGAAAGAGCCCCUUGCGUCAGUGGAUAUAAAUUUAGUGUUAAAUCAAAUUGAGAUAGGAAUCAGUAGCUCUGACAGUGGUAGUGAUAUAAGAAGUGAUAGCACAAGAAGUGUUAAAAGUCUGAAUGUUUCCUCUCAGUCAGAUGAUCGACCCAUCUCACGUGCCGCGGAAAGACGUCACAGUGCACGCGCAUCCGGGGCCAGACCGGGUUCGCGAUCUGGCAGUAGAGAUGCACAGAUGAAACAGUCUGAACCAGACUCCCAAAUAGACGCGCUGAAGAAAGUACAAGCAAGUCUUGCGCGUGCGAUGAAAAACAUUGAUCCUGUGCCUGAAGAGGAAAUCCCGCCUGUAGAGACAACAGAAAAGGAAACUGAAAUGCCAUCGCCGGAGAAUGACACCAGUGACGAGUUCCUUGGUGAUAUUUUACUGGAUACAUUAAUUGAAGAAUUGAGUGACGACUGGUAUAAAAUAUAUGUUUUGUCUGGAAUGGCAUUCUCGGAAAUUGAAGAAGCUAUACUGCAGACCAAGCAGACAACACUAGUCAAGAAACAGCUUUUUCGGAGGUGGCGGAAUCUGCAUCAGAACAGGGAAGAUAUCGGCCUGCCAUUUUUACUGGGGGCAUUGUACAAGGGAGGAUGUAGGAAUAUUGCGACCACAGUUCAAAUCAAGCUCAAAACCUGGUAUAGUAAAUCCGUUGAGAGUGAUUUUCAGAAGUGGGUUGCUAAAGCUUACAGCGAUUCUGAUCUCUUCGUGCCAUCAGAUUAUCCAAAACCAAUGAGCGAUUCAUACCUCGUGUUGAUGUCAGAUGAACUUCCGCCAACACGUGAUCUUGCGCGCGCAUUGCAUAUAACAGAUACAGCAUCGGAUGACAUCUUGGAAAACCCAGAUUAUCUUCUAGAUGGUAUAAAAGUAAUGAAGCUGCUGACACUGUUCCGUGAUCGGACACCACGUAGCAUUGAUGCCCUUGAGAAGCUUAUUGCCUGCAUAGGAGAUCUUGGAUUUGACAAACUCAGAAACUAUGCAAUAAAGUGCUCAAAAGCUUGGUUAAAACGCACAGCGACUAGAAAAGACGACCCAUUCCGUUACCAAGUUGAUGCUUUGCUGAGCAAAUUUCAAUAAAGUCGCCUUUAUCGCCAGUUAGGCGAACUGCUGUUUCGGUCCGUUAUAGAUUUUAUUAACGGACUUUUGAAUGUUAUCCGAAAUUUCUUUUGUUGCUGUUCGACCAUCGUCAUUCAUCAUAUGCAGUUAAUAUUUGUUGAAAGUGGAACAGUAACAGCGCUGGCAUGCUGUUCAUUUUGACAUUUUCUUGCCAAACAGAUUUUUUCUGUUUCUUUUUUGUUUGCUGUGUUGAUAGUAUUUGAGCCGCGCCAUGAGAAAACCAACACAGUGGCUUUGCGACCAUCAUGGAUCCAGACCAGUCUGCGCAUCCGCACAGUCUGGUCAGGAUCCAUGCUGUUCGCUUUCAAAGCCUAUUGAAAUUAGAGAAACUGCUGGCAAACAGCAUGGAUCCUGACCAGACUGCGCGGAUGCGCAUGUUGGUUUUCUCAUGGCGCGGCUCAUUUGUAUAUUUGUAAUAUAUGUAUUUAUAUAUGUUUCUGUUUGAUAUUUCGAAAUUUGUUCAAGGGAGAAUUUCUUUAUCUUGAAUGAAGCUAUCCUUUGCAGAAAAAAAAUAUUUGUAUUUGAGAAUAACUUUGAUGCAUCACGUUUUGCUUCUGAACGCUGGCAAAUGUGGAGAAAAAUGCCAAAGAGACUUGAGUAACCACAUACAAUGGGACUUUGAUUAAACAGACUUCUAUAUUUAGUAUACAGCUUUGAAAAAAAACUGUUCUUCUGUUAAUGAAAAGUUAUUAUAACUAUAAAGGCGCAUAUGUUAAAACGUCCUUAUUUUGAACCUCAUAGCCAGCGUGAAGUUAGUAGAAUUAGAGUAGUAACAGUAGCAUUAUUGCUAAAACAUUAUAAAAGUGAUGGCAGUAGUACUGCUGUUGAUGCUGUAAGUUAUAACAGUAACAGCUGUAGUACCGCUAUUAAUGAUGUGAGUUAUAACAAUAACAGCAGGAGUACUGCUAUUGAUGUUGAUGUUGAUGUUGUGAGUUAUAACAAUUAAUGCUGUGAGUUAUAACAGUAACAGCAGUAGUACUGCUGUUGAUGCUGUAGUUAUAACAGUAACAGCAGUAGUACUGCUGUUGAUGCUGUGAGUUAUAACAGUAACAGCAGUAGUACUGCUGUUGAUGCUGUGAGUUAUAACAGUAACAGCAGUUGUACUGCUGUUGAUGCUGUGAGUUAUAACAGUAACAGCAGUAGUACUGCUGUUGAUGCUGUAACUUAUAACAGUAACAGCAGUAGUACUGCUGUUUAUGCUGUGAGUUAUAACAGUAACAGCAGUUGUACUGCUACUGAUGCUGAAAGUUAUAACAGUAACAGCAGUAGCACUGCUAUUAAUGCUGUAAGUUAUAACAGUAAUAACAGUAAUACCCGAGUAAAGAUUUGGUCUACCUGAGACAUUUCACCAGCUCUUUUUUAACUUCCUUCGCGAAUCGUGUAUUUAACCGCGACGAUAGAAGAAGAAAAAUAGUCACACGGACGGAAACAUAAUUUGGACUUACUUCAGUUCUCGACGCACCUGGACAGAACAAAAAAAAUGAGUUCAUAAAUGUGAUGAAUCGAAGUGUUAACUUGACAAAAGAGAACAUGUUUCACGAGAUCAGAGACAUCGCCAUAUACAUGUAAUGUAGAAAAUUUUGUAGACCACAAUGUUGUCUCCACACAUAUUUCUUCUGGUUUCUUGUUAGAAACCUGGAAGAGCUUUGUAAGUAAGAAUAAAAAAGUAAGAUUUUA